UUUUUGGUAUCGCCCUGCUCUACCUGUCAAUAUUCUUUACUGGAGCUGACCUCAAACCAGCCUUCAGACUGUCAAGACCAAGCAUCAACAUGCUUGUGCAAAUGCUCCUCCGGGAAAAACAACACAGUUGGAACAGCAAAAUUGAAGUGCCUGUAACCAUUUACUGUCUGGCCUGUGGAGCGUCAUACAGAGUGACAGCAGACAUCUUUUCCAUGCCGGUGGCAACAGUGUGCAGGAUUGUUCACAGUGUCAUUGAGGAAAUGAUGACCAUUCUGCACCGAGUGAUUCAUUUCCCCAAGGCAGAAGAGAUGGAGGAGGUUGGGGCAGGCUUUGCACGCCUCGCCGGCAAUGAAGCAUUCCGUUGCACAGCUGGUGCAAUUGAUGGAUGCCACAUCCGAAUUCUUCCACCAGGGGAACCACAUAAGAGGUCCUACAUCAAUAGGAAACUGUUCCCCUCUAUCGUGCUGCAGGGCAUCUGUGACUCCAGAAGUACAUUCCUAGAUGUGUACAUUGGUAAUUCCGGAUCUGUGCAUGAUGCACGUGUGCUGCGAAGAUCCUCAAUGUACAAACAGGCCCUGUAUCCACCAGCAGGCUUUUUCCUCUUGGGAGAUGGAGGAUACCCAUCCCUUCAGCAUCCCGUGGCAAUAAUGACCCCAUAUCACCAGCCUGUGUCCAAGCUCAAGUUGAAGAAAGCUUCAAUCGGCACCACGCGAAGGCCAGGAUCAUCAUAGAGCGAACCUUUGGAAUCCUCAAAACACGCUG